UGGAGACGAUAGACGGUGGCGCCAUUCCUCCCUCAGUCUGGCUCUCUGCCUCCUCGCCGGCGCUAAAACAUGGGGUGGAAUCCUGACACAGACGCUUUAGCACAGAUUUUAGGAUUACUACGCGAGUCGCAAUCUCCGAACACUGUCGUGCAACAAUCCGUGCAGCAGAAACUAGAAGAGCUCAACAAAUUCACAGACUUCAACAAAUACCUAAUAUUUGUCCUCACAAAGCUAACUUCCGAAGAUGAACCUACGAGGUCCCUGAGUGGACUGAUCCUCAAGAAUAAUGUGAAGGCGCAUUUCCACCAAUUUCCGCCAGAUGUCGCCCAGUUCAUCAAGGCGGAAUGUCUCUCAGCUGUGGGGGACCCGUCGCCGCUCAUCCGGGCGACGGUGGGCAUCCUCAUCACCACCACAGCCUCCAAGGGGGAGCUCUCCACCUGGCCGGAGCUGCUGCCCAGGCUGUGCGACAUGCUGGACUCGGCUGACUACAAUGUGUGCGAGGGAGCCUUUGGAGCUCUGCAAAAGAUCUGUGAGGACAGCGCCGAGUUCCUGGAGAAGUCUGCAGACAGACCCCUCGACACGCUCAUCCCAAAGUUUCUGCAGUUCUUCAAACACAGCUCAUCCAAAAUUAGGUCUCAUGCCAUCGCCUGCGUCAACCAGUUCAUCAUUUCCAAAACCCAGGCCCUCAUGGCGAACAUUGACGCGUUCCUGCAGAACCUCUUCCACCUGGCAAUGGAUGACGACCCUGAUGUGCGCAAGAACGUGUGCCGGGCGCUGGUGAUGCUGCUGGAUGCGCACAUCUCCUCGCUCAUUCCUCACAUGCACAACAUCAUCGAGUACAUGAUGAUUCGUACACAGGAUCCAGAUGAAAAUGUGGCCCUGGAGGCAUGUGAGUUCUGGCUGUCACUGGCUGAGCACCCCAUCUGCAAGGAGGCACUCAAGCCACACCUGCCAAAGCUCAUCCCCAUCCUGGUUCGUGGAAUGAAGUACUCUGAGAUUGACAUCAUACUACUCAAGGGUGACGUGGAGGAGGAUGAGAGUGUACCAGACCGCAGUGAGGACAUCAAGCCUCGUUUCCACAAGUCCCGCCACACCAUCCGCCAUGAGCCCAUGGAGAAUGGUGGCAGCGGCGGGGAAGAGUUUGCUGAUGACGAGUCAGAUGACGGACUGGACGACGACUCUUCUCUCUCUGACUGGAAUCUACGGAAGUGCUCAGCGGCGGCCCUGGAUGUAUUAGCCAACGUGUUCAGGGAGGAUAUGCUGCCAGUGAUCCUGCCUAUACUGAAGGAGACGCUCUUCCAUCAAGAGUGGGAAAUCAGGGAGUCAGGCAUCCUGGCUCUGGGCGCCAUCGCGGAGGGUUGCAUGAACGGCAUGACGCAGCACCUGCCCGAGCUCAUCCCCUACCUGAUCAGCUGUCUGCAAGACAAGAAAGCUCUUGUCCGCUCCAUCACCUGUUGGACGCUUUCUCGGUACUGUCAUUGGGCGGUGGUGCUGCCCGACCACACUUACCUCAAGCCGCUCAUGUAUGAGCUGCUGAAGUGUGUGUUGGACAGCAACAAGCGUGUGCAGGAAGCAGCCUGCUCAGCCUUCGCCACCCUAGAGGAGGAAGCGUGCACGGAGCUGGUACCUUACCUGGCAGAUAUCCUCAAGACACUGGUGUUUGCCUUCAAAAAGUACCAGGCCAAGAACCUUCUGAUCUUGUAUGAUGCGAUUGGGACCCUGGCAGACUCAGUGGGCAACUACCUGAACAAGGAGGAGUACAUUCAGAUGCUGAUGCCACCGCUCAUUGAGAAGUGGAACGUUCUUAAGGAUGAAGACAAGGACCUCUUCCCCCUGCUGGAGUGUUUGUCCAGUGUAGCGACGGCUCUGCAGUCUGGCUUCCUGCCGUACUGUGGCCCCGUGUACCAGCGGUGUGUGUCCUUGGUGGAGCAGACCCUCAACCAGACUAUGGCACAUGCUCAGAACCCAGGCCAGUUUGAGGCGGCUGACAAAGACUUCAUGAUCGUUUCCCUUGACCUUCUGUCCGGGCUGGCUGAGGGACUAAACGGACAUGUGGGCCAACUCGUGCAGCAGUCCAACAUCAUGCAGCUCCUCUACCAGGCCAUGCAGGACCCCAUGCCAGAGGUUAGACAAAGCUCGUUUGCUCUGCUGGGUGACCUGACCAAAGCAUGCUUCCAGUAUGUGGCUCCAUGUAUAUCUGAGUUUAUGCCGAUACUUGGCCAGAACCUCAACCCAGAACUCAUAUCAGUCUGCAACAAUGCUACCUGGGCCAUUGGGGAGAUAUCAGUCAAGCUUGGCCCAGAGAUGAGGGUGUACAUCAACUUGGUGCUUAAUGACCUCAUCUUCAUUAUCAACAAGCCCAACACACCCAAGACAUUGCUUGAGAACACAGCCAUAACAAUUGGACGCCUAGGCUAUGUGUGUCCCAAUGAAGUGGCUCCCCUCUUGCAACAGUUUAUCAGGCAGUGGUGCAUCUCACUGCGCAACAUACGUGACAACGAAGAGAAGGACUCGGCGUUCCGUGGGGUCUGCAACAUGAUCAGUGUGAACCCCGGUGGAGUGGUGGAGGACUUCAUCUUCUUCUGUGAUGCCAUUGCCUCCUGGAUCAACCCCAAGCAGGACCUGAAGGAGAUGUUCCACAAGAUUUUACACUGCUUCAAGGAGCAGGUGGGCGAGGACAAUUGGAAACGCUUCACCGAGCAGUUUCCUCCUCCCCUCAAGGAACGUUUGUCUCAGCACUAUGGAGUGUGAGCAGGUGAUGCUGCUCCUGUGUGAAGACCAGAGCCCAGGACGAGGGAGUUAGCGUCCUGGCCGAGCUCUGCGGCGCACGGUGUUAGGAGGCCACAGCCGGAGUGAGCCUGGGUGGGGGGAGGGAUGCAUCUUCUUCUCACAGCCACGCCCUGGUCCAACUGCCUGAGGGCUGCUUGCCAAGGGUAGGGGCUAGGCAGGGAGUGGCUGCCGCGCGCGUGCCGUCGUGGGAGGGACUUCGCGGUCUAGGGUGGGUGGGGGGAGGCGGAGGGAGGGGGGUGGUUCGCCCCUGGUGGGUGGGGGGAGGCCGGGAGGGAGUUCGUCGGUCCCCAGCACACCAUAACACCACCACCACACCCACCCACCUCCUGUGCACCGCCUGCAGUGGUGGGCGUGUGCAGCUGUGUGGGUGCACCACUUAGAGGCUGCCCGUUGCCCCGUCCGUCCCGCCAAUGUUGCCGCCGUCAUCCCCGCCCUAAUCCACCUUUAGUGGUUAGUUUGUAAUGUGUAAGAUAUGUAAAUACUUGGAAGCUUUUAUUUUCUACAUGAUCAUCACUACUGUAAGUCUCCUGUGCCAACCAUGACCUCCUCCUCUCACCAGUCACGGGUCAUGUAGCGUUCCCCCGGCGGGGCGUGCGGGGCGUCCGGGGCGCGGGCAGUGUGUGCCUCACAACAGUAUCCACCAGCCCGGGGCCGUCGACCUCACUCACCCUCACCACUACCCCAAUAUGGUGCUACUUUUCCUGGGCGGGGUGGGUCAGGGCAGGGGGUCCUCGGGGCACUCUGCCCUGCUGCUCCUGCCAACUUGUCUUAGUUUGAUGAAGAUGGUGAGGGUGAUGAUGAUGAAUGGUGUCCAGGCUGGUGGUUGUACUGUGCCUUGCCGGGGCGCUCUCUGUCCCACGCAUGGCCCGGGUCCCCCUGGGUUGGGUGUGGGACUGAGGCCGCCCUGUACUUUGUUUUCCCGUGCACACAUAGGACUUAAUGGAAACGACUGUGAUCAUAGUGAUUUCUUUGAUUUUUGUACUGUUAUGCAAAGUAAGUUAAAUAUCACUUCCUCUCAGAGUCUAUGACUACUACUGCUACUUCUACACUUGACUCCUUGAUGACAAGUGGGUAACUACUGUGCAAUACAUGUCAUCACUGCUGGGAUGUGCUGGAGGCUGUCGCUGCGUUGGGCAGCCGUCAUGGGGAGCCUCAGCGGGGUCCGGGGUCCGGGGAGCCGGGGUCUUGCCCCACACACAAAAUUUGUAGGUUAAGGGCCGAGGAGUGGCCGGGCCGUAGCCACACAUAUCAACUUUCUAUACAUGCAGGACACUUUUGUUCUUGUCGCGGGGCUCAGCGGCGUGUUUUUACAUUUGGAAAUUUGGUAUAGGGCAGUAGGAUGGGGCUGUUAUGGGGCAGUUCAGUUGUCAAUAUUGGUUUCUCAGCUAGGUUCAGGUUAGGGCCAUCGGGGGCAAGCUAGGGCCCUUCAGGGGCACGAAAUAUUUCUGGGUUCAACAUAUUUUGGAACGGCAAAUUUUGUGGGGCGACAUGGGGGUGCCGGGGCACAGGAGCCUGAGCCCCGUGCAUGUCCCUGUCGCCCCUGUAGCAGUUUGUUUGGUGUAUUUGUAGACAAAAUACUGUCAGUAGUGUUGUUAUUUGCGGUGUCUCUUGCAUGCCCUCAGCCAGUAUGUCACCACUUUUCACAUCUCUUGUUACCAUCUGUUUGUGUCUUGGUUGUUUGCCAGGCAGCUGCUGGACAGGCCACCUCGCCACCACCACCACAGCUCCUGACCAACGGCAUGGACGAGAGCACUCCUGUUGUGUCUCUUGGUUAGGCAAGCGGUCAGAAGUAUGUGUGGGGGGGAAAGUAAAAAUUACUCUGGUGAGCAGUCUGUCUACCAGUGUGGCUGCACAAACCAUCUUGUUUGAGACAGAACAACUACCCUAAAGGCCAUCAUGCGUGUGGGAGUGAUGCAACAAGAGGUGAUGCCAGUCAGCCAGUCAGCAAUUGUUGUGUAUAUGUCAAGAUCUGCGACAGGUGUGUCGGUUUCAUUGGUGUCAUUUCAAACACAUCGGAAGGACUCAAGCUGCCCUUCAUUAAGGAGGAGAAAGGAUGAUGCACCACCACCACCAGGGUAGGACACCAUGGCCACCACUACUAAAUCAUCCCUCCCACGAGAGCCUGGCCAGUGUUCAAGCUGUCUUGGAAAGCAUCAAGAAAAGAAACAAGUAAUGAGCAUUGGUAUUUGUAAAUGCUGACAAUUCUUCCCUGUAAUAAUUUUUAACCCUUUUAUUAUUUUCUAGUGUAACAUUAGGGUCAGAAGGUGUAUAUCUAUAUCCAUGUUGCAUUAUUCUUCCCAUCUCUGUUUUCUUUACACCACUAACCUGUUUCUUCUUGACUUCCUCAUCCUCCUUCCUCUUUCCCCAAGACAUUAACAUUUUUUAUUAUCUUGAAAGGUUGGUCUUGUAGGGGAGACCUUGCCAGCCUGGAGUGGGCCGCUGCUCUGUUCAGUUGUUGUUUUCCUAGACUGUGCCUUAAAGAUAUCGUUGGAUACCCAUUAUUGCAUUAUAUUUCUCUUCCCUCCCCCUCUUCCUCAUCUUUCAUAAUCCCUUUUCUUAAGAUACUUUCAUCUACACAAAAACUUCAUUCCCCUUUUCCCCCUUCUUUCCCUUUGCAAAGAAGUCAACUGGUUUAUUCGUUCGCUCUUUUGUGAACACACUUUGUGCAUGCUAGUGUUGAUAAAAAGAAGUAAUAGUUUGCGCAGCCAGCAUUAACUCGGAUCUGACAUGGCCUGCCUUUCCUUUAACAACCCAAACAAUCAACCUUUGCCUGGGGAUGGCAGGGGACUGAACGAGGCAACACAAGAACCUCACACAUGAAACCAGUCCCUCCCCCCUAUGAAAAAGGAAAAGAAAAAUGGUGUAACUGCUAUCCACUGUUGUUGAAUGUUGCCUUUGAAACACACACACACACGUAUGCAUGUCUUUAGUGCACAGACACACUGUUUACAUCCAUACACCGUGGCUUGGGGCUGACUACUUGGACACAAAAGGAACAGCGUGUUACAUGCGUGAGUUAUAUGAGCGUGGUUCUUACACUUCACGCUCAGGUUUAUGUGAGCUUGCGACGACGCCAAGCCCAUCGUUGGCGGUCUAUCGAUUACAGUCCAGCUGGAACGAAGGCAGGUUAGGCAGGGGACAGACAGACAAACACAAGCAAGCGAGCAAGUUAGCUAGCAUGCAAGCAUUAAAUUCUUGUUAGGGCGUCCAGUCCAUUCCUCUCGCCGCGUUCACAGGGACAACAAUAGGUCUUCGCCUCAAUGCUCCUCUCCGUAGCUGCUAGGCAAAUUGUUAGGGUCCGGGGCCACGGGGCAGCCAGUGUACGUCGCUUAGGUAAGAAAGAUGUAGGAUUAGGGACAGGGUGGGUUGCAGGGAGAGCUCAGUCAGUCAGUCAGUCAGUCAGUCAGAGUUUGCAAUGUCGCUCGUAUCAAGUUAGGCCAAAAGUUAGGAGUUGGGAGGGUGCUCACGGUGGCUCAUCCUCAUCACCUCUACCAGAGCACGCAAGCCUGUGAGUUUUGCACUUUCCUGCACAAACUCAAGGAUUCCUACUACCUUCAAAGAAAGAUGUUGAUUGGCUCCAUCUUGGGGCUCUGGAGGAGGUGGUGUGUGAUGUGCUGCUCUCCAUUGUGUACUUUUAUUAUUUAUUAUUACCAGAGUGAUAGGCGGGUGAAUGCGUGCGUGUAUCUUGAGUGGAAUUCGUGUCAUGGCGAAUUUGAGUUUUUAAAAGCGGGUCUUAGUAUAUUUUUUUGCCUUUUCUUCGUUUACCUGUUUUUUCCCCAUCAUGCUCAGUGGCAGAGAGGCCAAGUUCAUGGUUUUAUUGACUAGUCAUUAAUAAGUUAGGGACUGUUAGGUUAGUUUGACACUGCAUAAUUUUUUCCGUGAUGUGAAUGCUAAUGUUAAUAAUGCCUUCUCCCUUUACGCAGUUGUUGAUAGAAGAUAGGGUUUACUUUUAAUUGUAUGUUGUAUUUUUUUGCUCAUUAUUGCCGAUGUUCUAGUACAAAUAAUUAUUGUUGAUAAUCAGUUAAUUUUGAGUAAUAUAUUAUUUCGUCUUAAUGUUAAUUCUUGGCUGGAAAAGCGAUGGAAAGAAGGACGAUGACAGUGACGAUGAUAAAGGAUAUGGAUUUGGUCAGCAGUGUCCAGUAGGAAGCCCCAAGCCAUGAGGAAAAUUAUAAUUAUCAGCCACUCGGUCAGUUGGUCAAUCGGUGUCAAUCGGUGCUGGAUUUUAUUGUUGUUUUAACUCGCCAGGUUAAUCCACCACCACCAUCACCACUUGUUUUCUUCCAGUCUCCCUAAUGUGUACAAAUUGUUAUGAUUAUAGUUGUUGCUCUUUUUCUUUCAACUGUGAUAAGUGUAUUAGUGAGAGGAGAAAUUAUAUGUAUGUAUAGUGAACCUGUUCCCUCCCCUCCACUCUUUCCUUCCCCCCCCCCACCUUCCUCAAUCUUCUCUUCUCUCCCCCUCUUCAUUAUGUGAUAAAUAGGAUUGUAGGUCUCUCUCUUUCUCUUCUGCUUGCUUGCUCGCAGUAGUUGGCAGAAUUAUUGGGUCGUGCGGUGCGUUGUAUUCCAAAAAGCAGUCGGCCAGAAGAGUAUAUUUUUUGUGAUUAUUCAUGUUUUGCCUCGAUUUUGUUUCACCCGUCAUGCAUUUUAUUUUACAUUUCAAGUUGCGGCAGAGUUUCCUAAAUGGCUGCCUCUGUCGCCUGCGGUCACUUGUAAAAGAUUCGUCAUUUGUCACUUGGCAGAUUUUGUCUUCGCGGUUUUUACAUCACUUCUUGAGAUUCACCCGGCGUGGGAUGCGUUAAUUUUACUCUGGCAUGUAAUUGUCGUCUUUUGCGCGUUUUUCUGUAAAUAAGAGUGCGUAUAUAUAUAUUUUUAUGAGGGUAGCGGGGAGUUGCAAUGGGGGUUUAUCCGGUUAGUCGUCGCGGCAUAAACUCAAUGCUCACGUGAUUCUGAACAUUGCCAAUUUACAGUGCGUAAGUUUAGGGUUAAUCGGCGAAAUGGUUGAGAUUAUUACUAUUAUUUAUAGACAAUUUUGAUUCCAUUCGCGUUAUUUUGCUCAAACGAUUAGGUAAUUAUUUGCGUUGACCACACCGUUUGUUUCCUCAUUUACUUUUAUUAUUUGGUUGUUCACUUGCUCAUCGUAUUCACAUAUUCAUCUGCGUUGUUGGUGACGAUACGCUGCAGUUUUUCGCGUUAAUUUAACUUAGUGUCAUUCGUUCGUCUAUUCUUGCAUGUGAGAGCAAGUGAAUUGACUGUAUGUGGUCUAGUCUAGUCUGGCGCGUGUACAUACUUAUUAUUAUUUCUACUUCAACAAUUAUAAUUAUUAUUAUUAUUAUUAUUGCUACUGCUACUAAGAUUGCCAUAUUUGUGAGCAUCAUUUGUUGCGUUAAUGGUUGACUGAGUGCGUUUUUAAUCUGCUGCUACUGCAUUCUCUCUCUCUCUCUCUCUCUCUCUCUUUCGGUAACUGUGGUGCGUUUCAGGUGAUAUUAUGUCUUAGCUAGGUGACUGUGAUGUUUUUAUCCCCUCUGUCCCACCUCCCUCUCCUCUCCCAGCCCAGCCCUCCCUUCACCUCUGCUCACCCUUCACUUAUAAAAAUUCCUGAAAGGUAGAACUGUGAGACACUGUACUCUAAUAUUAUUGAUGGUGAUGGUGGUAUUGUCUUGGUUCCAAAAGAAAAAAAUCACUUGCAUAACUGAGGAGAAUGGUCCAAAUUCUAGCAUGACUUCAAAAGGAAUCACUUGUUAUGGUAUUGAAAGUUUAUCAUUGUUAUGGCCAUUAUUUACUCAUGGAUGUAGGACAUCUUAUGUGUGUGUGUAUGUGUAUGUGUGUGUGCAUUCAUGCAUGUGUGUUUGUGUGUACUCAUGUGGGAAAGAGGUUUAUUCCACAUUUAUUUUAUAGAACCCAUUACUAUUAUUAUUAUUAUUAUUAUUAUUAUUAUUAUUAUUAUUAUUGUGUUAGGUUCUUUCCCGAGUUGUCAUUACUUUCCAGGCAUCAAUUUUUAUUGUAAUAUAUUGAAAGCAUUUCAUGAUCUGUCAAGUGCCUGGUUGUAUGUGUUUGUGUGUAUGUAUAUCCAUGUGUACAUACAUUUUUGUGUGCACAUUUAUUUUAGUCAAAGAAAUUUGGUAUGAAAACAGCCAGUUAAUGAUUGUUUUAGCCUUUUUUUUAUUUAUGAUUUCUAAAGUUGAAACCACAUGUUAACUUCUUUAGUUAAUUUGUUUGAUAAUCAUAAGAAAAUAUCUGUUGGGAUGUGCAUGUUCGUAUCAAUCAGUAAAGGAAGUCUGAAAGAAUUGCUGUUAUUGGAAUAUUUUUACCUUCCAUGCAAAGUUAGGAAAAAAUAAUUAGCACUUACAUUAUGAUAUGUAGAUUCUCGUCAAUUUUUUAGAACAUUCCGUUAAUUUGCAGCUAUACUAGGAGUGAGUGAUUUAUUAUUUUUUUCUCUUGUUAAGAUUAAUUGCCUCCCAUUUACUUAUCACAAAUAUUUAGUGCCUCUUUUCAGUUUGUUGUCUGUGGAGGAGGCAGAAGAACAUUCACUAACACUAAUAAUGAUGAUGAUGGUGAUGAUGUAUGAUGUGUGUAGCAUUUGACUCAUCCUCAAGAACAGGCCAUGUCUUUCCUGUAUUCUGUCGCUGUGGCAAGGCGGGGCCGGGAGGGGGCCAGGCCAGGUGGGGCAGCGGAAGAGGGUCAGGGUAGGGUAGGGAAAGGAUGUGGAAUUAUCAUUAUUAUUAUUGGUAUCAGUUCUUUGCCCUCAGGAGUUGUAAUAUGUCUGGUUUUAUUUUUUAUGGUUUUAUUUUUUACUUUCAAAUGUGUCAAUAUUAUUUCUUUUUGGGUUUUCACAAAUCCUAAGUUUACUUUUUAGUUUGUGUUUACCAUUGACUUUUUUUAGUUACUGAUCAGUGUAUAACCAGGGCAUUCAUUCUUUCACCAGUAUAGAGCUUUUUUUUAUUUUUUUAUUAUUAUUUUUAUUUUUUUAGUGGUGGCAAUAUUUUGAGGGCAUUGGAUGUCAUCUUAAUUAAUCUGUCAGUGAAAGGGAAAUAUUUUCUGAUCUCAUGUCUGAUUUUUGGGGUGGGAGGUUUUGUUGUGCAUUUUGUGUGUAGCUGUUUGUGUGUGCUAGUUUUACGGAAAAUUUUUAGUGACAAUUCCGAAAUCAGCCUCACUGCUAAGAAAAAGUAACCACUAGUGAAGUAGAAAGUAGCUUGCAUGAUUUGGAUUAAAGUAAGACUGUAGUUGGCAGGAGGUUUGGUUUCUUUUUACACUGGGUCUUAACGUACAAGUAAAAUGUUGAUAGAAGGGCUCAUAAAUGUGAUGCUGUAGGGUAGUUUUUAUUUUUCUUAAUUUAUGAUCUGCGUUGCCCUCGCCCUUGCCCCGCCCCGCCUCGCUCCGCCUUGCCAAAAAGUACCAUGUGUUGUUGGAGUAGUUGGAGCGUCGACAUAAAUGGAAAGGUUA